UCUCAUUCCUCAACAUUGCUUAACCUAACAAACCAUCAUUUAAUUUCCAAGACUCCAACUUCAAGCUCUCUUUACUCGAAACAUGGAGGGUAGAAGAACACAAGGACAAGGUUACUUGAAAAGCAAGUCUUACCUUGUGGAAGAAGAAAUGGAGGAUGAUAUGGAUGGAGAAGAGGAAGCUGUAAGGAAUGAAGAGAAAAAGAAAGGAUUGAUGGAUAGAGUUAUUAGAGGGUACUCUAGUGGUAGCUCAUCGCGGCUUUGUCAAGUAGACAGAUGCACAGCUGAUCUGAAAGAGGCUAAACAGUAUCACCGGAGACACAAAGUGUGUGAAGUUCAUGCAAAGGCAUCUUCUGUCUUUCUCUCAGGAGUUAGCCAACGCUUCUGUCAACAAUGCAGCAGGUUCCAUGAGAUCCAGGAGUUUGAUGAAGCUAAAAGAAGUUGUAGGAGGCGCUUGGCUGGACACAACGAGAGGAGGAGGAAGAGCUCCGGAGAGAGCUUUGGAGAAGGUUCAGGUCGGAGAGGAGGAAUCACUGGUCAGGUGUUAAUCCAGAAUCAAGAAAGAUCAAGGAUACGAGUAAGGAGCGUGACUCAUCCAAAAGCACAAGGGACUAGUACCCGAAAGCCACGGUCACUUUGAAGUUUGAUCAGAAACAUGGUUGGUAUGAGAUAUGAUGAUCAAUGGCGUUGACAGCUUCUUGGUUUGGAAUAAACAAUACAAGUAGUAGAAUACAAGAUUGAAUAAUAAAUCAGAGAGAGAGUAAAUUGCAGUAGAAGCAAACUGCAAACCUUCCAGGGUCCA